GGGCAGCUGGCGACUCACUGCGCACCGCCUGGCGCCCACAGCUCUCCAGGCAGAUAAGUGCUCUGACAGAGGUGGGGGAUAUUCAUUCAGGGCUGAGACUUGCCAUAUUCUCAACAACCCAGAGAGCUGUUAAGUUGUAUUAAAGAAGCAUCAUCCUAGUGAUUCAGAGCAGCAGUAACUCAGUUUAUGUUACACUUUGAUGCGCCCCGGUGCGGUCAGGCGCACAACAGAAGGUGACCGCACAUGGGCGAACAUUUGUCCGUUUCAGUGAGUUAUCGGGAAAAAUAAGUGUGAAAAAGUUAAGAAAGCAGCAGAAGAGUAAGAGGAGGGAGCAAUGUCUAAUUACGGCUUCCACCAGGAGUACACACGGAGGUCCUCUGGCGGGGCACGUGGAAAGAGACCAACGGACUUGGAGCUGUCGGAAACCACGUUUGGCGCGUCUGAUCCAGGAACACCUGCGGGUAACGAUGCGUUUUCUCAAAGAGACAAAAUGUCUGAGGAAGGUAGCACUCCCACGGAGGUGCCCCAUAUUCACCUCCACCCAUACGUCUCUCAUCCCCGAAUGUCCAUGCGGAUGUCGGUGUACAGCACCGGGGCGCGUCCAGCUUUAACCCGCGCCUACAUCCAAGGACGCGUGUAUAACUUUCUGGAAAGGCCGUCUGGCUGGAAAUGCUUCGUGUAUCACUUCACAGUGUUCCUCAUAGUCCUCUCCUGUCUGAUCCUCAGCGUUUUGUCUACUAUCCAUGAGCACGAGGCCCUGGCUUACACAACGCUCUUCUGGGUGGAGAUCUUCCUUGUGGUGUUUUUUGGCAUGGAGUACUUAGUCCGCCUCUGGUCAGCAGGCUGCCGCAGUAAAUAUGUCGGGUUCUUGGGCCGGCUACGCUUUGCCAGAAAGCCAAUAUCUAUAAUAGAUCUGCUUGUGGUUGUUGGCUCAAUUGUCGUGCUGUUAGUGGGCUCCAAAGGCCAGGUCUUCGCCACCUCUGCUGUAAGAGGGAUUCGCUUCCUGCAGAUCCUGAGAAUGCUCCAUGUGGAUCGGCAGGGAGGAACCUGGCGUCUCCUGGGCUCUGUUGUCUUCAACCAUCGGCAGGAGCUCAUCACAACCUUGUACAUUGGAUUUCUGAGUCUGAUCUUUGCCUCGUACUUUGUAUAUCUGGUAGAGCGAGACGCAGAAAACACCGGGUUUGGAAACUAUGCUGAUGCUCUGUGGUGGGGAGUGGUGUCAGUGACUACCAUUGGAUAUGGAGACAUAGUGCCAGUAACCUGGAUGGGAAAGGCCAUUGCAUCCUGUUUCUCCGUUUUUGCAAUUUCCUUCUUUGCUCUGCCUGCAGGAAUCUUGGGCUCAGGCUUUGCCCUGAAGGUGCAGCAGAAGCAAAGACAAAAACACUUCAAUAGGCAGAUCCCUGCAGCUGCCUGUCUCAUUCAGACAUCAUGGCGAUGUUUUGCUGCCGAGAACUUUGAUUCUGCAACAUUCAAGAUGUUUUUGAAGAAGAAAUCCAACAUCCCCACCUCCUCUCUGUCCACACCCAAGCCCAAGAAAUCGGUGAAGAUAAAAAAGAAGAUGAAGGGCUCCGACAAAGACAACGGUCCUAAUUCCUCAACGAUUCCCAGCAUCACCUACGACUCUGUAUAUGAUUGUGGGAGGGAGAUGAGCUCAUAUGUUUACAGCACCGUUGGCACAGAACGCCAGCAGUCCUGGACGUCUUUGUCAUCUCUCCAGUUCAGCUCACAGCCUCAAGUGAAAACAAACCCUAGCCUUUUGGUCCCCUCCCCCGGCCCCCUUCAGAGGAACAGCAGCUAUGCCGAUGACCUGGAGCUGGAACCAGAGCGAUACAAUCAACUGGCUCCUGCUGCCUCUGUGUCACAAUUGACUGAGUCACACCGAAAAGCAAUCCGGGUCAUCCAGAAAAUGCGUUACUUGGUGGCUAAGAGAAAAUUUCAGCAAGCUCGUAAGCCGUAUGAUGUGCGAGAUGUUAUUGAGCAAUACUCCCAGGGUCACCUCAACCUCAUGGUGCGAAUCAAGGAGCUGCAGAGGAGACUGGACCAGUCUUUGGGCAAGAUAACUUUGUUCCAGACGAGCUCAGACCGAGUCAGAGACAAAGGCACCAACUCCAUGGGAUCCAGACUCAACAGGAUAGAGGACAAGAUAACAAGCUUAGACCAGACGAUGAACCGCAUCGCAGAGUCCCUUUCCAUUCUUCUGGACCAGAGGGAUGGCGCUGAGGGCGAAGGUGGAGGCAGGCAGAGGCCAUGACUUGGACAGACCUUAAAUGUUCUCCCCAGCGAGGACAGUCUGCCAAGCUACGACCAGCUAUCUUCAUAACCUUCAUCUUUCUCCAAAAACACAGCCAGCACAGCGGCUGGCCCAAAUCCUCCCUUCAGCAUCACCGCCAGUGCAAGUCAGGACGAAGUAACAUUUCUACACCGUCUAUCUGCCUAUAUCUCACCAUCUGUCUGUGUGUCUGUCUGUAAACUUGUCUGGGGUCAUUCUAUCUGUGGUUUGCAUGUUCUCCCCAUGCAUGUGUGGGUUCCCUCUGGGCACUCUGGCUUCCUCACACAGUUCAAUGUUUGUUAGGUUAAUAGAUCAUAUUUCGGCCAUCUUUUUGUGACGUCAUGCUCAAGGAACCCAAAUAUUGUCAUCACGUCUUACUGCUGUGUUCCAGGUAGUAAGUCAUAAUCAUACAUAUGUCAAUUAUCUCACAAAUUAUGACCACUUUAUGUUUGAACAAGAAAAAUUAUUAUUUCAGAAUUUAUGUACCUUGCCUCUCGCCUAGUUACAGCUGGGAUUGGCUGGUUAAUACUAAGAAGAGAUUUAAUACAAUCUUCAUACAUUAUAGGUAUUUUGCACUACCCCAAGGAUAAAGACAACUUGAAAGCUAAAAAAAAAAACAGAGGUGUAUCAAGCAAACCUAGCUAAGUGGUGAGAUGG